GUGGUGACCUAGUCAGCUAGCACAGUUUAGCUAGUAAUUUCGGAACCAAGGCUGUACAAUCCUACCACAUGAAACAUACGUCAAUUCAUCCAGGGCCGGGUGCGUUUUUCGUACCGAGUAAAGUUUCAUUUUAGAUCCUCCGAUUAUGAUUCCUAACUCUCUUCACGCGGGAUUGCAAUUAUGCUAGAAAGUGUUACGUAGGAAUAUGAUGCAGGCAGCAAGCGACUUAUUGAAUGCAGCUAAGCAAUAACUGUAAAGCUUAUUGCCUACUCGCCAGCUUUUGCUAGCAACAGCUCCACGUGCAGCUUGUGCGCACCGCGGGGCUAUCGCAUUCGGCUAGUGUGCGCUCUUGUUAUCCGCACUUCCUUCUCUAGUUUCAAGAAGAACUAGAUUUUCUGUUUUACAAAUUAAAAAAAAAACAUAUAUAUCUAAGAAAUAGCAACGAGAUGGUAAAAGAAACACACUUUACAACAAAUCAUUCCACCAACAUGAACACACACGACAAACCAAACCAUACAUAUCUGCUCGUUUGGUAGAUGCUGAACUUAUCCUAACUUUUUCACUAUUUACGUUAUCUCUCAUUUUCUCUCUCUCUGUCUUUCUUAUAUCUCACUCACUGAAUCUCUCUCUUCUUUCUUUUUCUCUUUCCCUGGGUUUUCCGCUUUCCCAUUCGCGUACCAUAUUUCCAACAGGGUGAUAAUUAUCGUCGCGGUGACGGAUUUUCAACGACAAGAAGUGUCAAAAAAGUAUAUCUUUGAGACGGAAACGGGGCGGCUGAGACCAGCCAGGGACUGAUCAAUCAAAAUAUGGUCCUUAAUUCAAACACUCGUAAUAGAAGUCUCGGCCGUAUGAAAAGGCAGCCGCCCCGGCAUGGUAUGGUAACACAACAUCGUUCCGACAGUCCACACCAUUCCAGUUCCGGUUCUUCCCCUGUCAUGUCCAACAGUAGCUCUAGUCCUGCGCCUCCAUCCAGCAGUCCCAGCCCACAGGAAAGCCCCAAGAACUGCAGCUACAUCUACCGGGAUUGA